CUCACAUUCAUUUUCAUUUCAUUACAUUGUUUUGUUAUUAUAGGAGUUUUCCGGGUGGAAAAGUAGAAAUUUUCGUUCUCUCGAAACGAAAAUGCAUAAACGUUUUCUUGCAUGUUAUAUUUAGGUGAAAAGUGAAUCAUUAAAGUGUUUUAGAGAUGAGCGAAGUUUUAGAAUUGAAUUCACUAAACUGUGAUUUGAUAUCAGCACCUCGGGUGUCCAAGGCCGAGCAUCUCAUUCAGCAACUGAAUGCGGCGAAUGCCAAAAAGGUGGCACUUUUACUGGUGCUUGGGUUUGUGGCGUAUCAUGGCAUAUUGAAUUGGCAAUAUGGCAGUGAUUCCUGUCAGUGGCUGUUAUCUAAGGGCCGUUUUAAAGGUGUAAAUGAAUGGCAACCGUACGGCUGUAUGAUGCAUAAAUAUACUGCAACAGAUACACGCCGUUGCCUGCGCUAUUUGGCUUUUUGGGGAAAUCGCAACUACUUCGUGUUUAUUGGCGAUGAAAGUGUGAGAGCGGCUUAUCAAAGUUUCAUAAAUCAUUUGCGCCCUAGCAGUGUUGAUAACAUUUCUUCAACGUUGUUGCCAAUAACACAAGAUGGUGAAUUCGAAGAACGCCAGCUGAAUAUGCGCGUCCGAUAUAUCUACGCCGAUCAAGUAGACGAGGCUCUACUAGAUACCUUAAGCAAAUUUGAGGAUGCGCAGGAGCUUCCAGUGGUAUUCAUUUUUGGAUUCACUUAUCGCAAUUUCCUUGCUAGGAAUGUGUCACAAGAACUUGUAAAACAGUAUGCAAAAAAUUUGACGCGUUUGGUUGUGCCAUUCGAUCAGUUGGUGGAGCACAAAGCAAAGGUAUUGUGGAAAUUGCAACAUCGGAUUAACGAGGAUAAAGUAACAAAGACAUCUUGGAAAGCCGUAUUAAAUGCGGAUAUUGAUCGUUUGAAUCAAGCUGCGCAGUCUGUAUUUCGUUACUCGGAUGCCAUCGUAUGGAAUGCAGCAUGGCAAAUAGCUAACGGUCUGGUUGAUAGUGCGGUUGACGGAUACAAAUUGAGUGGCUUGGGAUUGCGUCACGAGGUGCAAAUAUUGAUAAAUAUGUACUGCAACGACUAUAUGAAUUACAACGAUGGAACGUGCUGUGCUAGCGCAGAACCCUUUACAAAUCUGCAAAUUGUUUCAUACUCCGUAUUAGGCGUCUGCGUUACCUUGGCCAUCGUAAUGUUACUUCGCCGAUGGUUACUGCAUCUGCGUGGACAUACUUUCUAUACGCCGCUCUCUCAACCACCAACUUUAAAAGACCUACACACUGCCAAUACCGCAACGGCCGGUAAUUUGUCAAAUGGGACAUCCUCACUCGCUUUGCCCAUAAUGGAUUUUUUUAUACCACUUGCUAUGCUUGGCAUUAUUAUGGCUUACUUCUACCUGUGCGAUCGCACCAACUUUUUUAUGAAGGAAAACAAAUAUUAUUCUGAAUUUAGUUUCUGGAUACCUGUAGGCUAUGUUUUCGCACUAGGUAUAUUUUUUACCGAAGAAUCGCGCUUCACGAAAGUGCUGAACAGCGAUCAGACAGAUGAAUUGAAAGGCUGGAUUAUGCUUGUUGUGCUGAUCUACUAUAUGACUGGUGCGCAUCGUGUGCUUUCCAUACAUGUUCAUAUUAAAUUGCUCAUCAGUAGCUACCUGUUCAUAACUGGAUAUUCCCAUUUUAGUUACAUGUGGCAGACUGGUGGCAAUUCGGCUUUUGUGCGCUUCUUUCAAGUGUUGUUCCACUUGAAUUUCGUCACAGUGGUUUUAUGUUUUUGCAUGAAUCGUCCUUAUCAAUUUUACUAUUUUGUGCCGUUACUCUCAUUUUGGAUGUGCGUCAUAUACUUCGUGUUAUCACUGCCGCCGCGCAUAAGUGCUCAAUCUGUAGAAUUAAAUCCGUUGCAUUAUUUAUAUUUAGUUGCAAAAUUCGUAGGCUGUUUCAGUGUAAUCACGAUACUCUUUAUGUCGGAGGUUUUCUUUGAACGCAUUUUCUUGACACGUCCGUGGAAAGCGCUAUUCGUAAGUACUGAUGACGACAUACAUGAAUGGUGGUACCAAUGGAAAUUGGAUCGUUACACUGUCACAUUCGGUAUGAUUUUUGCCGCUUGCUUUCACAUCGCACAAAAGCAUAGUAUCUUUGAUGACAACAAUCAUGGUAAUCUGUUUGCGCGACGCACCUCCAUUACUGUUACAUUGCUUGCAUUGCUCAGUGUUUGUUUAUACACGUCAUUCUCUUUUCUCUGUCGAAACGAACAGGAAUGUGAGGAGAUACAUUCAUACAUCGUCUUCAUACCGAUUGUGGGUUACAUUGUGCUGCGCAACAUAUCUGGGAUACUGCGCACUCGCUACUCCACUUUCUUUGCAUGGUUUGGUCGCAUAUCAUUAGAGUUGUUCAUUUGCCAGUACCAUAUUUGGUUGGCGGCUGAUCGUCAUGGUGUGCUGGUGCUCUUACCCGGCUUUCCGACGCUCAACAUGAUUAUCACUUCCUUCAUAUUCGUAUGCGCAUCGCACGAAGUGCAUCGCAUAACACAAACGCUGUUGCCAUAUGCAGUGCCCAAUGACUGGAAGUUGGUCAUGCGCAAUUUCGUGAUAUUUUUGAUUAUUUUGAUUCCGGUGGGACAUAUGGAUGGCAUGUUUUGAACAUCUCCCACAAAGUUGUACUAAACGAACUUGAAAUAUAAGGGAACAAAUAAAAAUAAUUAGAAGUAAUAUUAAUUUUAAAUAUAACUAUCAAUACUAAGCUACUAAGAACAAUUGAACCUGGUGGCGCAUACAGAAAGUAUGACCUACGAUUCUUUGAGUAAAGUUUCUAGUAUUGAACCAAUUUAAGGAUUUAAGCACAAAACGCGUACAAUUGUUAAUGUUUAUAUACGAAGUAAAUAUGACACACACAUGUACACAUACUAAUAAAUACGCACGCGCCAAGCUUAAUGCUCUGUACGAAACUUGUUUCUUAUGCUAAUUUAUCUUUGUAAGUUUAGUUUAAGUCAAACUUAAUUUUUUUUGUUAGAAAGUAAAGUAAUUGAAAAGAAAACGAAAUAUGACUCCAUAAAUAAAACGAUAUUAUAAAUGUUCAUUAUGUAAAUGAGUACUUACAGGAAUAGGCAAUGGAAUAGCUGACAUACAUUUUUGAUUAUGAACAAUAAAUAAUUAUACUGAACAGAAUUGAUUGAUUUUA